AGUACCGCGAGUAGUACGUAUGUAUAAACCGAAAACAAUGGCAGGCAACAUCGUGGCCGAGUGGCUGCGAUCACUGCAUCUUGGCCAAUACGCAGAAAGUUUCAUCGACAACGGGUACGACGAUCUCGAAAUAUGCAAACAGGUCGGUGAUCCCGAUCUGGACGCAAUCGGAGUGUUCAAUCCAGUGCAUCGGAGCAGGUUGUUGCAAUCGGUGAGGACUCUUCGGGAAGAGGGGGCCGCUUCCGUGUAUUUUACCCUCGAGGAGAGUGUGGCGGUGCACGAAGAGUGUUUUUGUGACAAUGUGAGUGCCAGGUCGUCUAGAACUUCCUCGGGACGUUCCGAAAAAGAUGCCCUAACUAACACCAGCAGGGUGAACGCUUCUCCGGGCGCUUCUUCUGCUGAGAGCGGGCAAGAAGUCGCUGCCAAAUAUCUGGACGAGUACGAGGAAGGAAAGGCCGAGCUGGUGAAGAUCCCAAGGAUGCAGCUGAAGGUCUUGCUGAGGGAGAAGCUGUCUCAAGAUGGCAUCAGGUUGAGCUGUCAACCUUAUUCAACACAG